AUGGCCCGCUGUGCGUUGUGCAAUGACUUGUGCAAGCGGCACGUGAGCCAUCUUGAACUGAGCUUCGACUUUACACUGAAGGAAAUUGCUCACUCGACGCUCUGGAAUCGCUGCGAGUCUUGCGUCGUUAUAUGUGAAGGCAUCCGUCAAGCACAGAGUAAGGAUUGGCAUCUGCUUGCGCCACUCGUCAAAAGAGUUUUCGCACGAUGUCUUGGAGAGCAUGGAGGUCAUACCGAUACGCUCCACCUGGUCGUUGUAUUCAACGAGGAAGCGGAAAUCCCGCCUCUCCGACUUGAAUUUUACAGUCUAGAACCUCAAGCUUGGAAAGCUAUAUUACCUCGGUCGAUCAUCAGCAGCAAUCCGCUUUCUGAUCAUGCGUUGACCUGGGCGCGGGCGCGCCUUGACAUCUGCAAUCAGAGCCAUGUAUCGUGUAAGAGCAGUCGUCCGAAACAGCUACCGAAGCGCCUUCUGUCAUUGAAGAGGGAUAGCAAGGGCGAUAUCGAUGUGAAACUCGUCGAGAUUAUGUCGGACUUCUGCGAUGCUUAUGCUGCUUUAUCACACUGCUGGGGCAAUGAGCAGCGACUUCUAGCAACAGCAAAAACACUCCAAAGUCAUAAGAAAUCCAUACUCUGGCUCCAUAUACCAGACACCUUCAAAGACGCUAUCAGGCUUGCGAUGAGACUAAACAUAGGCUUCAUUUGGAUAGAUUCCUUGUGUAUUCUUCAAGAUAAUCAGAAAGAUUGGGAGGUCGAGUCAUCAAAGAUGGCUGACAUCUACCAACACGCCAUUUUGACUUUGGCUGCAACGACAUCUUCAGCCAGUUCACAGGGCACUUACUCUAGGAAUCCCCGCAUAGCGAAACAUACCGAGAUCAUUCUCCAAGGAGGCGUAGCAGGAUAUCGGAUCGGUGUCAGGGAACGCGUGCGCCAUUGGAACAGAAAGACCGCAAACGACGAAAAGCAAUUCCCACUGUUGUCAAGAGGUUGGGUGCUGCAGGAACGACUGUUGUCUCCUCGUAUACUUCAUUUAAGCGGCACAGAGCUAAUAUGGGAGUGUCGUGAAGUCACUGCUUGCGAAUGUGGAACGUUGGACCAGGACAGCAGUCCGGGAGCAGUAUUCUAUAAUCUCAUCAAAGGGUUUGAUGAACAGCAGAUAGGGCUUGAGCAUUCUACAGCCAUGAAGAGGUUGCCAAUUUUGUGGAGCCGCAUUAAGGCAAAAUCUCCCUCAUCAAAGUUCCGAAACAGCUGGUUCGGGCCUGUAUCGUCACCACAAUCCACUGCAUCAUCUACCACCACGACCACCCGUCCGGUAACGAUCAAUAUAGAAAGCUAUCAACAGCCCCCAUCUGUAGAGUUCAAAGAAGAAAAUAACCCCGACUUUGUGUCUUACUAUCAUCGUCUCGUCGAGCAAUACUCAGCUCUGAACCUAACGCGGCCCACGGAUCGGCUGCCCGCUUUCUCAGGUAUCUCUGAACGUAUGCAACAUUUUCGACACGACUACCUCGCUGGUCUAUGGUCAGACUCUCUGUGUUUCGAUCUCAUGUGGCGCAUCGACGUGCACGUCUUAUGGAUGGUCAGAUCACCCAGGCCAGAAGAGUAUUGCGGUCCUUCAUGGUCAUGGGUAUCUGCUAUUGCGCCGGUGCAGUACUGGUCAGACAUUACCAACUACCGCGAUACCGUUCCGCGCUUCUUGAGAGAGCUGGCUUCUGACAGAGUCAACAUUACUACGCCUCUGCUUCUAAACAGGACUAAACUAGAGUACAACGUCAGAGUACCCGGUAAGAACCCAUAUGGCUCCGUGGAAUCCGGUGUGCUCACCCUCGAGGCAUCUGCAGUACCAGCAACCCUCCAAAACCCGUUCUACUACUUAAGCACAGGAGCACUCCGGCCGGACCAUGACCGCAUGGACUGGAUCGACCAGUACCGUGUGCACUAUCGCGUAGAGAUAGAGCACGGUGAUGCACACGACGCAAACAUCUACGUGAACAUUUUUGCCGACUACCAUUUCAGUCAACCAGGUCCAGCGGAGAUAUGCGAAGGGACAGAGGUGAUGCUCCUCUUGGUACAUCCGGACGUAGCACUAGUGUUGCGGCGGAAAUCCAGAGCGGGCGAGUAUACGUAUAUUGAAGGAGAGCCCGCGUGGGAACGUAUCGGAAUUGCGCGAGUUUCGGAUGAGCUUUCUGGCCAUGGGACAAUCGACUGGAUGAUGUACUCUCAAGUUCAGACGUUCAGGAUUGUAUAA